UCGCAGGGUGCACACAACGUAAACGUUGCAUCGUUCAGCUUCCCAAAUUGCAGAGAUGGGUUCUCCAUGAUUCUGACCUUGAGAAUUCGUUUAUUUACAAUCGUGCCAUCGGACCACAGCCAUUGAAUCAUCGGAAUUGAUCAAUCAAUUGCUCCACCAAUCGGGUCCGUGUUCAUUUUUUUGCUCGAUUUUGUUCUGUACGGCCAUUUUAUCCGUCAUUUGUUAGGUAUCGCGUCUUGGGGAGGAAGUGUAAUGGGGGUUGUGGAGAAUAUGCAGCACAAGGAGCUGUUAAGAGCUGUUCCUAUUGUUAAUGUUGGUUAUUCUGAAGGAAGGUCAGAAAGAAGAUCUCUGGAAAAUGGUGACUGUUCUGUUGUUACAACCAGGUAUAAGCGGCGGAAGGUUUCUGCUAUCCGUGAUUUUCCUCCUGGGUGUGGACCUUUGGCCCGACGAAUGCCAAAAGAAGCCUUCGUUUGUGUUGGUAGUAGUGAGAAAUUGGAAGGUGGGGGAAAGAGUGAAGAUGCUUUGGAGGUUGAUGGUGUAAACGUUCCUGGAACUGCAGUUGAGUCAAAAUCUCCUAAAGAGUUAGCAAAUUCGAUUCUAACAGAAAUGCCUGAUGCAUCCAAUGAGUUGCAUUCUGAGGUUGAAAAGACAGUGAUGUCUUCUGAUUUGGCAAAUGGGAUUGAAUUGAUGCAUAAUGAGCCUGAGAAAACAGAAUCACUGAUGUCUGAUGCGAGAGAUUUUGAACCAAUAAAAUCUUUAGAGCAGGAGGCCUCUCAAAUAUUGAAGGAUUUUCAUGAAGUGGAAGAGAUGCCUCCACCAGGAAGUGUGAAAGUAUCAUCGCCGCCUAAUGGGCCUAUGAAUGCUCCUAGUGUUUUGGAGAAGACUGUAACAAAAAAAUAUCCACCUCGGAGAAAAAUUUCUGCCAUUCGAGACUUCCCUCCAUUCUGUGGAAGAAAUGCUCCACGUCUUAGUGAGGAAGAGUGCCUGAAAGCUCCUGCUCCUUCUAAAGGUGCUCCUGCCCCUUCUAAAGGGGCUCCUGCUCCUUCUAAAGGUGCUCCUGCCCCUUCUAAAGGGACUCCUGCUCCUUCUAAAGGCAAGACUGUGGGUCAGGAGGAGUCUGGUGUGAAAGAAAAGCCACUGACAGAGCCAGUAAGUAUUGAUGGGAAACAAAUGGGAGAGGAUGUUCAAGAUAGAGAUGUGCUGAAAGAAAAAUUGAGAGCAAAUGUUUCUAAAAAUUCUAGGGACAAAGUUCAAGAUGAAUUUAAAGGAUCAGCUAAUAAAGAAUUGAAGAAGCAAGUUACACUAGUCAUUUCUUCUGAGGUCAAGAUGGAAGUUGAAGUUAAAAGGGAACAGAGCAUUGGGUCUCCACGGGAGAACAAUCUUCCUAGACCAGAUCAGAAUUCCCAGAUCGUUGAGAAAGCAAAUGAAGUUUUGGAAGGGAAGGUGGGAAAGGAGAUUGUGAUUUAUUCGAAGGAUGAAAAUAUCAAGAGGAAGGUCACAAGUUUAUCAGGUAGAGUAAAUAAAGUCCCAGCAGGUGACGAGCUUUCACAGGAGAGGGUGACUGUGCUUUGUCUGAUGGCUGCACAAAAUUGUCCUUGGAGGAGGCAGGGAAAGGGUGGACUGAACCUGGAUAGUGGUAUGAGCGGAAGUAAAGGAAAGAAAGAUGGUUCAGCUGGGCUAGAAAAAUCUAAAUCUAUAGUCAGAGCCAAGACUGACAGAGCAGAAAAGUCUGGAGGAAAAUCUAUAAAGAGGAAAUCGUCUCCUAUGAGAAAGGCUGAAAAUCUGGGCAUGGGUCAACUGGUUGUUAAGGAUGAGGAGGAAUCUAUUGAGCAUUAUGAAGAACAGGGAGAUUUUCAUGUGGGUCAGAGACUGCUUGAUUUUAAUGUGAGUCUUCCUCCAUUUGGUCCCAGCAGUUCAAGUGGUAAAGUUGAGGCUUGUGAUUCAACUGUUACCCGAAACAAAGUUAGGGAGACUUUACGUCUGUUUCAGGCUAUCUUUAGAAAGCUCUUGCAGGAAGAAGAAGCAAAGACAAAGCAAGGGGGAAAUCCAGUCAGGAGGGUUGACUAUCUAGCAUCACGCAUUCUUAAGGAUAAAGGGAAACAUGUUAACACAGGAAAACAAAUAAUCGGGCCUGUGCCAGGGGUAGAAGUUGGUGACGAGUUUCAAUACAGGGUGGAGCUUGGAAUUAUUGGCCUUCAUCGCCCAACUCAGGGUGGUAUAGAUUAUAGAAAGCAUGGUGGAAAAAUCCUUGCUACAAGCAUAGUAGCUUCUGGAGGUUAUGCUGAUGAUUUAGACAACUCAGAUGUUUUAAUAUAUUCCGGUCAAGGAGGAAAUUUGAUAGGUGGGGAUAAGCAACCUGAAGAUCAAAAGCUUGAACGAGGAAACCUUGCACUCAAGAAUAGUAUAGAUGCAAAAAAUCUGGUAAGAGUAAUCCGAGGGUUUAAAGAGACCAAAGCCCCAGAAUAUAUGGAUUCAAGAGCUAAGGUAGUUACAACAUACAUCUAUGAUGGGCUGUACUUGGUGGAGAAAUACUGGCAGGAAAUAGGGCCUCAUGGUAAGCUAGUGUUUAAGUUCCAGUUGAACAGAAUUCCAGGUCAACCAGAGCUUGCUUGGAAAGAAGUGAAGAACUCCAAAAAAUUUAAAGUACGGGAGGGUCUUUGUGUAGAUGAUAUUUCUAUGGGGAAAGAGCCAAUUCCCAUUUUUGCUGUGAACACCAUAGACGAUGAGAAACCUCCACCAUUUAAUUACAUAACCAGCAUGAUAUAUCCUGACUGGUGCCACCGUCUUCCUCCAAAUGGUUGUGAUUGUAGCAAUGGGUGCUCAGAUUCUGAGAAAUGUUCUUGUGCAGUCAAGAAUGGAGGAGAGAUUCCUUACAACUAUAAUGGAGCUAUUGUUGAAGCAAAGCCUUUAGUCUAUGAAUGUGGUCCUUCUUGCAAAUGUUCUCGUUCUUGCCAUAACAGAGUCAGUCAGCAUGGUAUCAAAUUUCAGCUUGAAAUUUUCAAAACUGUAUCCAGGGGGUGGGGGGUCAGAUCUCUGACUUCCAUCCCUUCUGGAAGUUUUAUAUGUGAGUAUAUAGGAGAGCUCCUUGAAGACAAGGAAGCUGAACAGAGAACUGGCAAUGAUGAAUAUUUGUUUGAUAUUGGGCACAACUACAAUGAAAUUCUUUGGGAUGGAAUUUCGACUCUCAUGCCUGAUGCACAAUCGAGUUCUUGUGAAGUUGUGGAGGAUGCUGGCUUCACCAUUGAUGCAGCACAAUAUGGAAAUGUUGGGAGGUUCAUCAACCAUAGUUGUUCCCCUAACCUUUAUGCCCAAAAUGUCCUUUAUGAUCAUGACAACAAGAGGAUUCCUCAUAUCAUGCUCUUUGCUGCUGAAAACAUUCCUCCCCUACAGGAGCUGACUUACCAUUACAAUUAUACAAUAGAUCAGGUUCGUGAUUCGAAUGGAAAUAUCAAGAAGAAGAGUUGCUAUUGUGGUUCGGAUGAGUGCACUGGCAGGAUGUAUUGAGGCAGAGUAGCUGAAAAGAAUUGGAUAACUCCAGAUUGGUGAUUCCCUGCACAUUCUCACUGUAAGAUCUUUGCCUAACCUCCCCUACAGUGCAUAUCAUGCAUAUUUUUUGCUGUCUUAAGAAACCCAUAGAAAAUGACUUGUAGAAGAAAAGAGAUGAAAGGAAUGAAAGGUAUAAAAUUAUUUUCCUUAAUCUUUUGCUUGUACAAAGACUCACAUAUAUAUAUACAAAAAAUCUUAACAUCUAAAUAGAGAACUUUCCUAACUCAAUUACAACACAUCCCUUUAUAAGGGGAUUACCUAAUUCUCUCUUAAAAAUCACGACUUUCCUAAUUUUAUUUUUCCACACUUCCUCUCAAACUGGUGAAUACAUGUUUUCCAUUCCUAGCUUGGAUAUACUUGUUUGAAACUUUGUACUGCUUAAAAUUUUUAUGAGUAUAUCUACAAGUUGGGGGUCAGU